AUGUACUACUCUAUGUUAGUGAUCCGUGUGAGCAUCUUGAUCAAGGAGAAGAAGGUGAUGUGGGUUUGUUCCGUGGGAUUAUCAAGUCGUUUCCGACAUCUAAAGUUAGGAGAGUUAUUAUUAACAAGGGUGUUCCUUUUCAUCCAUCUGAGGUUUGUCCGUAUUGUAAAGCUAGAGUAUGGAGUAUGCUCCAAGCUAAGAUAA